ACGAACCUAUUACGAGACGGGCUUUAGGACCCGGCGGGGGACGGCGGGCCGGGAAAGGGUCGAGGAGGUCGGGAGCGCGCCCGUGAGCCCGGAGGAGCGGCAGCGUUGGCGGCGUCGGGAGCGAGUGAGUCCGGGAGCGGCGCGGGUGGUGGAGGAGGAGCCGUGAGCUCGAUUCUCUAACCAUGGCACAGGUAGAGAAACGGGGAGGUUUGCUUCGGAAAUCUUCAGCCUCCAAAAAACCACUAAAGGAAAAAGUGGUGCUGAUGUAUGAUGAGAUCUUCAUGACAGAGGACCCCAGUAAGUGCAGUCCUCGGUUUUGGGAGGAGCUCUUUCUCAUGAAGGUGAAUUUAGAAUACCUAGAAGGCAAGUUGGAAUCUCUUGAUGGUGAGGAGUUAAUGAAGAUCAAGGACAAUAUUAAUUGCUUAUUUCAACACUGCAUCCAGGCUCUAGGAGAGGAGCAUCCAAUUCGAGUUGUCAAUGCAUUGCAGACGUUGUGUGCACUCAUUCGAGGAGUCCAUCAAAAGAAUAAGUCUACUUCUGGAUUUGACAUUAUCAACAUGCUGAUAGGCUUUGACAAAGCAGAGCUGUGCAUGAAGAACUUGAUGGAGAGUUUGGAUUCAUUGCUUUGCGCAGAAGGUUCUGAAAGUCUGAAGAGUUUGUGUCUGAAACUUCUCCUUUGCUUAGUGACUGUGACAGAUAACAUCAGCCAGAACACUAUCUUGGAGUAUGUAAUGAUCAAUAGCAUAUUUGAAGCAAUUCUACAGAUACUUUCCCAUCCCCCAAGUCGUAGGGAGCAUGGGUAUGAUGCUGUUGUCCUCUUGGCUUUGUUGGUGAACUACAGAAAAUAUGAGUCUGUAAAUCCUUAUAUUGUGAAGCUCUCUAUUGUGGAUGAUGAGGCCACGCUCAAUGGAAUGGGGCUUGUAAUUGCUCAGGCUUUAUCUGAGUACAAUAGGCAGUAUAAAGACAAGGAAGAAGAACACCAGAGUGGUUUUUUCUCUGCAUUAACAAAUAUGGUGGGCAGCAUGUUCAUAGCAGAUGCCCAUGAGAAAAUCUCAGUACAAACCAAUGAAGCCAUUCUUCUGGCACUUUAUGAAGCUGUUCAUUUAAAUCGCAACUUCAUCACAGUAUUAGCUCAGAGUCAUCCAGAAAUGGGCUUGGUGACAACUCCUGUCAGUCCUGCUCCAACAACCCCAGCCACACCACUUGGGACCACGCCACCCUCCUCUGAUGUUAUAAGUUCUGUGGAACUCCCACUGGAUGCAGAUGUACAGACCAGUAAUCUACUGAUAACCUUCUUAAAGUAUAGCUCAAUUGUCAUGCAGGACACCAAAGAUGAACACAGGCUUCACAGUGGCAAACUCUGUCUGAUUAUCCUUACAUGUAUUGCAGAGGAUCAGUAUGCCAAUGCAUUUUUGCAUGAUGACAACAUGAAUUUUCGAGUAAACUUACAUAGAAUGCCUAUGAGACAUAGGAAGAAGGCCGCAGAUAAAAACCUUCCCUGCCGCCCUUUAGUAUGUGCAGUACUGGACCUGAUGGUAGAGUUUAUUGUAACACACAUGAUGAAGGAGUUUCCUAUGGAUCUCUAUGUACGCUGCAUUCAGGUAGUACACAAACUGCUUUGCUACCAGAAAAAGUGUCGAGUACGCCUGCAUUACACCUGGCGGGAACUUUGGUCAGCCUUGAUAAAUUUGCUGAAGUUCCUUAUGUCAAAUGAGACUGUUCUUUUGGCCAAACACAACAUUUUUACAUUAGCCCUUAUGAUUGUGAACCUAUUUAAUAUGUUUAUCACAUAUGGUGACACAUUCCUGCCAACCCCCAGCAGCUAUGAUGAACUUUACUAUGAGAUUAUCCGCAUGCACCAGAGCUUUGACAACCUCUACUCCAUGGUCCUGAGGCUUUCUACCAAUGCAGGCCAGUGGAAGGAAGCAGCUAGCAAGGUGACCCAUGCGUUGGUUAAUAUCAGAGCCAUCAUCAACCACUUUAACCCCAAAAUUGAGUCCUACGCUGCUGUGAAUCACAUAUCCCAGCUGUCAGAGGAGCAGCUCUGCAGCCCCCAACCCCUGUGCCAGGGACCAGUACCAGUCUGUGGCCUGUUAGGAACCAAGGCCCCACAGCAGGAGGUACUGGAGGUGGUGCGAGCCAACUAUGACACACUCACACUGAAGCUGCAGGAUGGCCUAGACCAGUAUGAGCGCUACUCAGAGCAGCACAAGGAAGCUGCCUUCUUCAAAGAGCUGGUACGAUCCAUUAGCACCAACGUCCGGAGAAACCUGGCCUUCCAUACACUCAGCCAGGAAGUCCUGCUCAAGGAGUUCUCCACUAUCUCCUGAAGGCACGCCUACCUGAGCAGCCACUGACUGCCCUUAUCCAUGAGGCUCCUGGGGGAUCAAGGGGAGAGGGGGCUGCCCCAAGGUUGGAGAGAAACAUAGAUACCAAGUUCUCUUGGUGAAGGCCAUGCUUCAGUGGAGCUUGGACAGCAGGGGCAGGAGGGGCAAGCCAGGGAUGAUUGUAUUUGGGGAGAAAUGGGUGGGCACAGGGAGAGGCCUCCAGGAAUGUGGGAACUUCCAGGGUUGGCUCCCUGGAUAGCCCUUCACAUUUCCAAUUGAGAUUACAAGUUGUGGCUACUGACUAAUGUUCAGGACCUGGCGGAUUAAGCUCCAGGGUGAUGCCAACACCUUGAAGGUCAAUGGCUUUCCUUGGCUUCUGAAAACAGAUCAACUCUCAGAUGUAGCUGGAACCCCAUCCUGCUUCCUUUGGGCUUGCGGUUGUGCUAGGCUUAAAAUCUGUGUCCCCUGCCCCCACUGGCAUUCUGUCCAAUCAUUAGAACCUUUAGCUCAGGCUUAGGGCAGGGUAGCAAUGAGGUACCCUUUUUCUGUUUUUUAAAUUCAGAAUUGACUCCUCUGGGAAACCGGAGAUUAGAAUCUGCCCAGUGCUCUGCUGUCCUGCCACCACUUUCUGGAUUUCGGUUUUGGUACCAGGAGUACCUGUUAGCAUUCACCUUCUUCCAACCCAUUGACUCAUCAGCACAAUAGGGUCACAACCUUAGCUUUUCAUUUUUAAUCUGGUUUAAAUUGUCUUUAGGGUGUGUGUGUGUGUGAAAUAAACAUUGACAGGUUUUCUGGAUCCCUCAAGGUGCCUACUUUGCUGGUUCCCUUUCCAGCAGCUUCCCCACCUCGCUGCCACCCCCCUCCUCUGGGAGCCUCUCCUGCCUCUGCUGAGCUCCCCUCCACAUGUCCCACCCCCUCACCCUGCUGUUGUUUACAUCUAGCCUGCCUGAGAAUUUCCUCUGGGAAGGAAUCUGUUCCUGCUGUGGUCUGGUGCCUGGGAGGGAGAGAACCUGCUGGGGGCAGGGUGCCCUCCAUCUGAAAGAGGCCAGGUGAGCGCCAUCCACAGGGCCUCCGUUCUGUCCACUCGUAUUCUGGGUGGGGCCAUAGGAAAAUCUCCUGACCUUUGGGAAAUUGGCCUGUGGUUCCUGCUUUGGAAAGCCUGCAUGGGACCACUGUAGGCUUUCCCUACCCUACAGCUGCCUCUGAAAUAGCUGCUACUUGGAGAUCCUCCCUUUCUAAAGCACUUUCUGAAGCCCUCAGGAUGGUGGGGAGCAAGCAGCACCAGAAGAAUCUGGGAUAAGUGCAGGAAUCCGGCAGCAAAAGCAAGUUUUCGACCUCCAUGGCCACUAUCCAUUUAACCUCAUAUCUCUUUUGGAUAUCUUCCCUCCCUGGGAAUCAGAGUUCUGGCUCCCACGUUGAGCAGAUAUGCACUAGUUCCAGAGAAUCCACUAACAGGCUGUCGUGUAUAGAUGUAGAUUCUUACGAGAUUGCAGGCUGGGUCAUUUCUGAUCACUAGAUGGUUAGCUCAGCCUGGGACAUUUAGUGUUUUCCAUUGUGAUAAACCCCAGGGCAGCUGGAUCUGGAGCUGGUGGCAAGUUGAAGUUAUUAAAAACUGAUUUGUGUGGGA